GUCUUCUGUUAUUGUUGCUGCUGCUGCUGCUGCUGCUGGUAUCGUUGGGUGCAGUAUCAAGUGCCGGAAACAUAAACACGUUAUCGGGGAAAAAAUGGUGUGUCCUGAGGAAUCAUUCGCGGGGCAUGUCGUGUUAGAGCUCACCCGAUUGCAGAACCAACUCAAAGAAAAGGGAAGGGAGUUAGGUUCUGCACAGGCUGAAAUCAAAGCUUUGAGAGCAACUGAAGCAUUGAAGGAUAAGGCCAUACAAGAACUCCAGAGUGAAGUUCAAAAGUUGGAUGAGAAACAUAGGGUCACUGAGAAUGUCCUUGAAUAUAAGAACCUCGAAAUCAAGAGGCUGACGAAUGAGAAGAAAGAUGCAUUGGCUGCUCAGUUUGCUGCUGAAGCAACUCUCAGAAGAGUGCAUUCAAAUCAAAAGGAUGAUGAUGGUGUUUCUAUCGAAUCCGUCAUUGCUCCUCUCGAGGCGGAGAUUAAAAUGUACAAGAACGAGAUCGCGGCACUGCAGGAAGAUAAGAGGGCAUUAGAACAUCUCACUAAGUCGAAAGAGUCCGCCUUGCUCGAAGCAGGGCGGAUUUUGAGAAGUGCUUUAGAAAGGGCUUUGAUAGUUGAGGAAGUUCAAAAUCAGAACUUUGAGUUAAGGAGACAGAUUGAGAUAUGUCAGGAGGAGAACAAGAUCCUUGAGAAAACCAAUCGCCAGAAGGUGUUAGAGGUCGAAAAGCUAACCCAAACGAUUAAGGAACUCGAGGAGGCGAUUUUGGCUGGUGGGGUUGCUGCUAAUUCUAUCCGUGACUAUCAGAGACAAAUUUCAGAACUUAAUGAAGAAAAGAGGACACUUGAGAGAGAGCUUGCAAGGGUUAAAGUCUCGGCAAACCGUGUGGCGGCCGUCGUGGCAAACGAGUGGAAGGAUGAGAAUGACAAAGUAAUGCCUGUCAAGCAAUGGCUGGAAGAUAGGAGGCUGUUGCAGGCGGAGAUGCAGAGAUUAAAGGACAAACUAGCAGUGUCGGAGAGAACAGAAAAGGCAGAAGCACAGCUUAAGGAGAAAUUCAAGCUAAGGCUCAAGAUAAUAGAAGAUGGCUUAAAACAUGUAUCAAGUUUGUCACCGAAACCAGCCAAGUCCAGCAAUAUCUUAGCUCUUUUAACAGGAAGCAGUGGACCAAGGAAGAGGUCUACCUCACAGCCACGGGGUUCCACCAUAAGUGGCUCUUCGCAUCAGCAGCCGAGUGUAGAAAUCGAAACAGCCAAUGCCAGAAUGAAACAAGGUGGUAGCUUGAAAUAUAGGGCUGCACCAGAAGAAAAUAUGGUAAGGAGAAAUUUGUGGGCGUCUAGGUGUAAGGUUGCUGAUGGUAGUGAAAAGCAAAAUGAAGAAAUGAAGGUAAACGCGGAUGCUAAUGUACGGAAAGACAGUGCCGCCGCCGAUAGUGGUGCCGAAGAUAUGGUUUCGGGGUAUUUGUACGACAGGCUUCAGAAAGAGGUGAUCAAUCUAAGGAAGUUUUGUGACGCUAAAGAUAGCAGUUUGAACGCUAAAGAUGAAGAGAUAAAGAUGCUGAUGAAGAAGGUCGAAGCAUUGUCAAGAGCCAUGGAAGUGGAGUCUAAACGAGUGAAGAAAGAAGCACUAAUCAAAGAAAAGAAGAAUGAAUCAGCCAAAAUGGAGGAUACCAGAAAGAUGAGAAACAUCAACAACUCUCCUAGAAGGGUAAGCCAGACAUCUUGAAGAGUGGCCAUGGAUGGUGGAAGUUGAAGAAGAAUUGGAAUUCAUUUGAUUCAUUGUCCAUGUCUUGGUUAUGAUUGUGAGUGUAAAUAUUGAAUUGAAAUGGGUUUUUCUUGCUAAUAAAAGCUAGUUAAAGAAAGACAAAGUUGAUUGUGGAUGAUGAGAAUGGGUUUGUAAUGGUUAAAAGAAGAA